AUGCCAACCACCUCCACCCUCCGCCGGGCACUCUUAUACGUCCCCUCCUCCUCCCAAAAAUUCCUCUCCAAAUCCCUCCUCCUCCCCCACACAACAGACAACAUAACCUACGACCUCGAAGACUCCGUCACCCCCUCCCUCAAACCCACCGCCCGCACCAACCUCCUAUCCCACCUCUCCGCCCUUCCCAAACCUCCCCCCAACAUCGGUGAACUCGCCGUCCGCAUAAACGCCAUCUCCACCCCCUACGCCCUCACCGACCUCACCACCCUCGCCCCCUUACCCUCCUCCACCCUCUCUACAAUCGUGAUCCCCAAAGUCAACUCCCCCUCCGACCUCACCUUCGUAAUCGACAUCCUCCGCCAAGUCUCCCCCCAAAAUGAACCACAAAAGAAGGUCAUCGCUCUGAUCGAGUCCGCCAAGGCGGUCAUGGACCUGAAGCAAAUCUGCGAGGCAGGAAAGGGGUCUCUUGACGGCUUGAUCUUUGCUGCCGAGGACUUUGCCUUGGAUCUGAGCUUGACUCGCACGCCGAGUCUUCGGGAGUUCUUGUACGCCAGGAGUGCGAUUGCUACCGCGGCGAGGGCGUCUGAGCUGAGUAGCACUAUUGAUUUGGUGUGCACAUCUUACAAGGGUGAGGAAGGGAAGGCGAGGUUGGAGGAGGAGUGCAGAGAUGGGAAGGAGGUAGGGUUUAACGGGAAGCAAUGUAUACAUCCCAGCCAGGUUGAGAUCGCGCAACGAAUGUUUGCGCCGGAUGAAAAAGAGGUCGAGUGGGCUGUCAGAGUAGUGAUUGCAGAUGAAAAGGCCCAGGCUGCUGGAAGAGGGGCGUGGACACUGGAUGAUAAGAUGAUUGAUGCUCCCGUGGUUGGGAAGGCUCAUUCCGUCGUCACCAAGGCCGAAAAAUGUGGCAUUGACGUAAAGGGACUGAGGAGGAAAUGGCAGGGUCAAGAACCAGAGUAAAAACGAAAAAUGCCCAAAACAAUCAGGUUUCGUAUAACUGUCUAUACUGCCCGGGUAUUGCAAGCCCUUGGCCAGACCUCCACAUCCUGCCCGGUAACGAUAGAUCCGCUCUAUCCUGCCCCAGGUAUCUCGGUAAUAUUCUUGCAGGUGGCCU